CACAUCUUUGGUCUCCGUGGGGACGUGAAAGACAACGUGCACUAUGUCGAUGAAGCAGCCCUGGUUUAUCCAGCUGGGCACAACAUCAUCAUUCAUAAUCUUGAAACCAAGCAACAGCAGUUCAUUCCGCUUCCUGCGGAGUCAGAGGGUCUUCUGGGCCUUGCUCUGACGCCCAACAGGAGAUUCUUAGCAGUGACCGAGCGGGCAGAGAAGAGCACUGUCACCAUUUAUGAUCUGCAAACACUGAAGAGGAGGAAAGUGCUGGCAUCGGUUGAUAUUGGUGGGAAGGAAAUUGCCAGCAUUGCAUUCAGCUCAGACAGCAAAAUUCUUGCAGCUCAGGGUGGUGCUCCCGAAUGGAAUCUGGUGAUCUGGUCCUGGGAAAAGUCAAAAGUGCUGGCCUCAGUAAAAACCGGCAAUGCCUUGGGGUCACCAGUGAACCAGAUCUUGUUUGCACCUGGCAGCGCUCUGGACGGCAACAUCAUCGUCAGUGCUGUGGGCAACGGCAUCUUCAAAACAUACCGCUACCAAGAGAAUGCCUUGAGGCCCAUGCCGACCUCCAUGGCCAAGCGGGAGCCGCAGAAUUACACCUGCCAUGCCUGGCUCGUGGAGGGUGAGGCGCAUGCCACUUUCCUUGAGGUACUCUUUGGCACUGCAGGGGACCAGGACCGCAUUGUGGUGGGUACGGACCGAGGAGAGGUUUUGGUGGUAGUCAAUGGCGAUGUACGGGGCACGCUCGUCAUAAGCCCCUCGACUGUCAUAGGAGCCAUUGUCGCUUCGCCCAAGGGCUUUGCUGUGGGGUCAACCGGCGGGGUGGUGAUCCUGUGUGAGAGGGAAGCAGAUGACCGGCUCUUCAAAAUAGUGAAGCAGCUCGCCAUCGAGGGGUCAGCGCAGAAUGUGUGCAGCCUGGCCCUGUCGCCAGCAGAGGACACCCUCAUAGCCUCGAUGGACAACAACCAGAUGUACAGCCUCAAGCUCGCCAGCAACGCACAGGUGGAGGACAUGGCGCUGAAAUUGGUGGAACAGCAGUACCACUGCGCAGAGGUGACAGGUGCAGAUGCAUGCGUGCGCAGGGCAGUUGUGGCCACAUGCUCCCUUGACCGCACCCUGCGCGUGUGGCACGUGCAUGACAGGACCUCGGAGCUGGUGAAGCAGUUCAUGGAAGACCCUUUUAGUGUGGCGCUGCACCCCGGCGGCUUUUCUGUGCUAGUGGGCUUCCCGGACAAGCUGCGCCUUUUCACAAUCCUAAUGGACAACCUCAAGUUGGUGAAGGAACUCCCUGUAAAGGGCUGCACAGAGUGUCGUUUCAGCAAUGGAGGCCACCUGUUUGCUGCCUCCAGUGGCAACAACAUCUUUAUCUAUACCACCUACACCUGCGAUCUCAUAGGCACACUCAGGGGCCAUAAUGGCAAAGUCAAGAGCCUAUCCUGGUCAACGAAUGAUGCUCUGCUGACAACUGCGGGCUCUGAUGGGGCGGUUUACCAGUGGAAGCUCAAGAACUUCAAGAGAGCUAAGGAGAAUGUCUUGAAGGGAUGCCUGUACAAUUGCGCUGUUGCCACAGCAGACAGCCAGCGUAUGUAUGCUACCAGCUCUGAUCGGAAGAUCAAGGAGCUGGAGGAGAUUGCCGGCACCGGCAUGCAGAUCACCAGGGAGUUUGACACCGGCUGCAUGCUUGUGCAGCUCGUGCUGCCCCCUGGUGGCAAGACACUGUAUGCCGGGACAGACACGGGGUGCAUACGCGCGUACAAGCUGCCGCUCAGCGGUGAAAAUCAGGAGGUCAGAUGCUUCAGCAGUGCAGUGACUCGGCUGCGUCUGGACCAAGGUGAGAAGAUUGCCUUUGCUGAUGAGGUGCUUCUGCCCAAAUUGGACCUGGAUGAGAAGAAGCUGCGCAUUAUAGAGCUUGAAGGACAGGUGCGGGACGUGACACUGCAGAACGAGUACAACAUGCGCCUGAAAGAUGUUGCGAUGGCGGAGCGGAUCAAGGAGCUCUCAGACACGCUUGCAGCGGCAUCCCAAGAGCAGCAGGCACAGUAUGAUCUGCUACAAAAGGCAAAUGCAUGCCUUCAUAGAGGAAAAGUGGCUGGUGAACAGGCUAUGCUGGCGGCACUCGAUGACCAGUACCAGUCAAAGGUGCUGCUCGAGAUUCAGCGAUAUGAGGAGCUUGUUCGUGAGAAGGACGCACUCAACACUCGGUGGGACGAGCAGACGCAGGAGCUCAUUGCUAGCCAUGAGCGCCUUCUGCAGGAGGUCUCUGACGACUUCACAGCCAAGCUGCAGGAAGAUGCAGAGUUGCUGGAUCAAAUGCAAGUGGAGAAGGAAGACAUGGAGAAGAGCCAUGAAGAGAUAAGGCAACAGAUGGAGGAGGACACAGAUCAAGAAAUAGAGGAGCUCAAACAAAUGUGA